AUGGCCGCCGCUCCUGACGUCACUACUCGGCCUGGGGACCUAUUGCUGCAGCCGGUCUGGUCUACAAGAAAAUGGCCGCCGGCCUCCUGCACUGAGGACAUCUAUGGUUCAAAUAUUACUGGGGCGGAGGUGCGGGCGUGGUGUAGCGGGGAAGGGCCAAUAACCAGAAAGCAGCCUUUGCCAAUCAUGACCUACUUCCGGACUGUGCGUUCCACCUUACUUCCGGACUGUGCGUUCCACAUACAGGAAGUGAGUUUUCAUCGACUGCUGCUGCCUCCCAGUGUCCGUGGAGAUCAGGGUUACACAGUUGUGAAGAAGAUAUCUGGUGAGUGUGAGACACCCAGCAGCCAUCCUCUUGUGUCAGGCGGACUAAGCAGGACCCACAGCCCCAUCACAGUGCCUCCACCUCACUCACUAAUACAUGAGAGACACAGUGACCAGAAGAUCCUGGAACUCACCAACAAGAUCAUUCAGCUGCUGAAAGGAGAGGAGGGGGAAUAUAUAGAGGAACACAGGGGUCUGUACAAGGACAUGAUGAUGGAGAAUCACCGGCCCCUCACAUCACUGGAUGGGCCCAGUAACAGAGAUACCCCAGAGAGAUGUCCCCGUCCCCUGUAUUACCAGGAUUGUACAGAGGAGAAUCACAGGAUCCCACAGGAGAAUCAGAGAUCAGUGACUCACACAGACCCCCAGAGGAAGGCCAGCAAGCUGAAACACGUUGGGGAUACAGACACAAAGUCACCCAGAAGAACAGAUAUUAAGGACACUGAUACGCCCAAGAAGCCCUGGUGCCAGGUGCAUAAAAAUGGAACCAGGACAGCAAGGAACAUCGCAAGCGGAAAGGACAGAUGGGUGGCAUCCAAAGGAGAACAAAAGAGAGACCCCUUCGUGACUGCUGUCACUGAAAGGUCUCUUAAGCCAAUCAGCGAGCACAAUGUCCUGCUGAUUUGCUGCACUUCUGAGCUGUCAGACAGCGCAUCACAAAGCCUCUCCAUUAUAUUCAAUGGUGGGAACUUUGCGGUUAGCGUGCUUUCCGAUGCGGGAACUGUUCUUCUGCUCUACCAGUGGGUAUGGACGAAGGAGAUGAUUCCCGGCGGACAGUGA